AUGUUUGCAAAGCGAUUCAUCAGCAUCAUCAUUGUAUUCUGCCUGCUCUAUGAUCACGUGAGCUUGGUUUUUGCAUCCAAGUGGGAUAACAAUAUUACAAAACGAAGACUGAGUAAUAGUAUAGUGGAAGAAAGCAAAGACAUACUUAAUGAGAUCGAUGAAACCUCAAGAUCGAUAAUUGUUGUUCCGAUUGGGUCCAAAUGUCCACCAGGAUAUCAUCCCAAAGGCAAAGGAAAGUGCCAUAAGCUUUUGUAA